GUGACCGGUCACCCACACACUUGUAUCAUAUCAUCUAUCAAUCAUCGUAUAGAAUAUGAGAAGAAGCACACACGUCUCAUCAAAUUUUUUCGUCCACGAAGAGAAAAACUAAAAUAACAUAAAGCACGCAACUUUGAAAUUUCCGAUUCCAACACCAAGUGACGCACACAGCGAAAUCGAGAGAAACAAUUAAAGCUUUGAUUGAUUGAUGUGAAGAACAGAAGAAGGAGAUGGUGGCUGAAGCAGAGAUUUUGUUUAAACAGAGUUUGCCUGUGGUUCUCGAUGUCAAAUUGUUCGGAGCACCAACCGGGGUUCAAGAUUUUGACGGUAUCUCGGCCGCGAAAUCACCAGUUUCCUCGCCGAGUCUAGGUAUCCGUCGCCCGGCGGCGUCGGUCUCCGCCGACUUAUCGACUUCUUUUUCUGAUUUAAAAUGUGGUGACUCAGUUCUGGAUGAUGAUGAUGAUGAUGAAGAUAGCAGUUCUAGUGUCUCUUUUUAUGCUCCUGUUAUCCGCUCCGGGAGCUAUGCUGAUAUUGGGCCUAGGAGAUUCAUGGAAGACGAACACAUUUGCAUAGACGAUCUUUCUUCUAGAGUUGGAUCUCUUUAUGAGUUGCCAAAGCCAAGUGCUUUCUAUGCGGUUUUUGAUGGACAUGGAGGACCAGAAGCAGCAGCUUAUGUAAGAAAAAACGCCGUUAGACUAUUCUUUGAAGACCACCAUAAGUUCCCACAAACAACGCAAGUGAGCAGUAGUUAUGUCGAACAAGUCAAGAGUUCUUUGAGGAAUGCGUUUCUUCAGGCUGAUCUUGAUUUAGCAGAGGAACGUAGCAUUGGCUCUUCUUCUGGUACCACGGCUCUUGCUGCCCUUAUUUUCGGAAGACAACUGAUGGUGGCAAAUGCUGGAGAUUGCAGAGCAGUUCUCUGUAGGAACGGUGAAGCUAUAGACAUGUCUCAAGACCACAGACCAAUCUACUUACCGGAAAGAAGAAGAGUGGAAGCAUGUGGUGGUUUCAUCGAUGACGGUUACUUAAACGGCAUUUUGUCGGUCACUCGAGCUCUUGGUGAUUGGGACAUGAAACUACCACAAGGCUCACAAUCUCCACUGAUCGCAGAGCCAGAGAUCAAACAGAUAAAUCUAACAGAAGAAGAUGAGUUUCUGAUAAUCGGAUGCGACGGGGUUUGGGAUGUUUUGACAAGCCAAGAAGCCGUUAGUAUUGUCCGAAGGGGAUUAAGACGUCACGAUGAUCCAAUGAGAUGUGCUAGAGAACUUGUGAUGGAGGCUUUAAGGCUAAACACGUUUGAUAACUUAACUGUUGUUGUCGUUUGUUUAUCCUCGGUCCAUGAUGUGGCGGCAUCUGCCACGGCUAUGGAGAAGCAACGGUGUUGUAGUUUGACGGCGGAGGCGUUUCAUAGCUUGAGGAGCUUACUGGAAGGUUGAACAAAACAGUUGGAAAAUAUGAUGAUGAUGAUGACGACGAAUAAAACAAAUUUAGGAAGCUCGACAGAUCUAGAUGUAUUAAACCCUAAUCAUGGUGGAUCACAAAUCUCUAGACCAACGUCUUAACGAUUUUGCAAGAUAACACUACAACGCAGGUAACAAUUUAACUGUUUCAUUUAUAAAAGAAAAAUAAUUCGAAACGAAAGUCCGCUUGCUUAACACGUUGUCUAAUUGUUUAGAUAUAUUUAUUUAUUUUCCCAUAGUCCGACAUACACACAUAAUCUCAAAACUACUUAAUUGGUCCUUCCUCAUACAUAUGUCAUGAGUUCAUCAUUAUUAUUA